AUGAGCACCAACACUCAAGUCCAGCGCUGGCAGACCCGCCAAGACGGGCUCGACAAGCUCUUCCUCGCCACGGCGUCCCUGCUACAGCCAGGCCCCGGCGAGGUGCUCGUGAAGAUCAGCGCCGUGUCUCUCAACUACCGAGACACCGAGGUGGCCAUGGGCCUCUAUAACCACCACAAGACAAUCAACCCGGCCGAGACGGAGCCCAUCGUCCCGGCUUCGGACAUGUGCGGCGCCGUCGUGUCUGUUGGCGACGGCGUCGGCAGGUGGAAGGUGGGCGAUCGCGUCGUUUCGAUUUUCAAUCAGACGCAUCUUAAGGGCCAGAUCAAGCCGGUGGAUAUGAAGAGUGGUCUUGGGUUCCCGUUGGAAGGUGUCUUGCAGACGUACCGCGUCUUCUCUGCUGAGGGACUGGUCAGGGCGCCCAAGCACCUUAGUGAUGAAGAGGCUGCGACCCUUCCCAUUGCUGCUGUGACGGCUUGGAUGUCGAUUAACCAGUUCCGAUCUUUGGGCCAGCCUGGUGGAGAGGGCGAGGUUGUGGUUUGUCAAGGAACCGGCGGUGUGGCUAUUUCGGGAUUGCAAAUUGCAAAAGCUUCGGGAGCCACUGUCAUCAUCACAUCCUCCUCAGACGAAAAGUUGGAAAAAGCAAAGGCCCUCGGAGCGGAUUACACCGUCAAUUACCGCACCACGCCCAACUGGGACGACAAAGUCAACGAGGUCACCAACGGCGAAGGCGCCAACCUCAUCCUCGAGACGGGCGGGGCCAAGACGCUGCGACAGUCUUUUGAGGCGAUUGGCUUCGGCGGGCAGAUUGCAUGCAUCGGGUAUCUUUCUGGCAAGGUGGACGACGUGGAGGACCGGACGAACGUCAACUUGCUCGCGUUAAAGAAGACGGUGACGCUCAAGGGUCUUAUUAACGGACCGAGGGAGCGGUUCGAGGAAAUGAUUGACUUUUACGAGGACAAGGGGAUCAAGCCCGUUGUUGACCGGGUGUUCGAGUUCAAGGAAGCGGAUGAGGCAUAUAGAUACCUCUACAGUGGAGGACACUUUGGCAAGGUUGUCGUCAAGGUCCAGGAAUGA